AUGUCUAAAACCGUUCCCCGCGCGGCAGCUGCCGCUUCAACAUCUGCCGAUCCUGAGGUGCCCCGGCCGAAGAGGAUAGCCUGUAUCGUGUGUCGGAAGAGAAAGCUACGGUGUGACGGGAGCAAGCCCAGUUGUGGGACAUGUGCGAGAUUGGGACAUGACUGGUUGGGAAUACACCUUCCAUUUUGUUUGAGACCGAAUGCCUCCACCCCAUCACCCCUUUCAACCCAUCCCAGAUCCGGGACACGAUUUGGGGAGGUUUGGAAGGGCGGAUAGGGGAGGAUGAAUGAUGGGGGGUUAGAGUUGGGUUGCGGGGAAAAAAACGCUCGGCACAAAGCUAACUUUUGGCCGGGUUCGGGUAGUGCUUACGAUGAGAUACGACGGAAGAGCGGACCGAAACGGGGGUACGUCAAGGCGUUGGAGGCACGACUCGGUUCGUUUGAUCCCUAGCUUUUUACCUCUUUGGAAGGAAACAAGAAACAAAAGAUAAUGCCCACCCCCAAAAUGAAGGCUGAUGUGUGUUUGUGUUUCGGGAUGAUUUAUAGCUCAGGUCGAGACCAUGCUUAAGGACCAGGGACCCGCAGCGGAUGCCCAACAAUCACUGGGCGGGGGCGUAAGCUUUGCCACCACGCAGCUCGUGGACCCGCCAAUCUACUCCACCGGUGACCCCUCGCCCUAUCUCGCGAACAAGGACGACGGGGGUAUAGGCUUGGGGGAAAGGUUCACGCUCGGAGGAUCCCCGGGUCGGGGCGAGAGCCCGUUCGCCUCGGGGCCACAUGGCCUAUUGCAGAUGGAGAUGGGGAUGCCGCCAAUGAUGGGAGAUACGCCCCAUACUGCUCCGCUAAAUUGGGAUAUGAUGGCCAUGGGACUAGAAGAAGCGCUUCCUGCUCCCGAUAUCAUAGACUCUUUGUAUGUAUUGACCUAUAUCUUACCUAACGCUGUCCGUGGGUGUGGAUCCAUCCGUAUGCGGAGAGAGAGACUGAUUUCCCGUGAAUGUGUCAAGACAUCGAACGUAUUUUGAAAAGAUUCACCCCUGUUUGCCAGUGCUUCACAAGGGGCGGUACCUGGCGGCUUUGGAUCUGGCUCCGAAUGCGAGACCCCCAAUUGCGCUGCGUUAUGCUAUAUGGACAAUGGCUGCGUCGGUUUCGGAAGAGUACUCCAACCUUCAGACACAUUUCUACCGACAUGCGAGGAAGUACAUCGAGGAUUGCGAGUUGAAGGGGCACGGAGAGAGUAUCAUCUCGGUUGCUGCCUCUCAGACGUGGAGUUUGAUCGCUUGCUAUGAGUUUAAGCUCAUGUACUUUCCGCGUGCUUGGCUAUCGACCGGGAGGGCUGUACGGUUGGCGCAGAUGAUGGGGAUGCACAGGCUGGACGGGGUGGGACUGGACGUGAAACAGUGCCUGCCAGCGCCCAAGGAUUGGACCGAGAGGGAAGAGCGUCGGCGGACUUUUUGGAUAGCUUUCUGCAUUGACAGAUACGCUUCCAUUGGCACUGGAUGGCCGAUGACAGUCGAGGAGAAGGAUGUGAGUUUUUCGAUUACUAACGUUUGAGCCAUUAACCCCCCACCCCUUGGCUCACUUUUUCCCGAUGCAGCGGCACCCAUGUACUAAUUCGCGCCUAGAUAUUGACAAAUCUCCCGGCUGCCGAUGAUGCCUUUGACCAGGGACGGCCAUCCAGGGGCUUAUCGCUGAAAGAAGCCAUGACUGCUGAGGGGGCUUCACUUUUAUCACCAUUUGGCGGCGUCUGCCUGAUGGCUUGCCUCUUUGGGCGGAACCUUAUUCACUUGCAUCGGCCCGAUGGGGACGAUAGGGAUGAUGAUCUCAAUGGGGAAUUCUGGAGACGCCAUCGGCACAUGGACAAUAUACUACUCAACAUUGCCCUGUCCCUUCCCCCGCAUUUCCGAUUGCCGGGCGGUAUCGCGGAUCCCAAUAUCGUGUUUACAAACAUGAAUAUUCACACCUCGACCAUUUGCUUGCACCAGGCGGCCAUUUUCAAAGCUGAUAAGAACCGGAUGCCGGCGACCGUGUCGGCGGAGUCAAAGAUAAGGUGCAUUACCGCUGCGGCGGAGAUUGCGUCCAUCAUGAGGAUGGUUUGCCAUCUUGACUUGUCAGGGGUAAGCUCUCCUUCUCUCCCUAUCCCUUUCCCCGGCGAGCCGUCGAAUUCGCUUGCUUACCGCGAUGGAGCGUUAGAUGAAUCCGUUCAUUUCCUUCUGCCUGUAUGUUGCGGCCCGAGUGUUCGUCCAAUACCUCAAGUCCAGACCCUCCGAUGAGCAGGUCCGGUCGUCCCUGCAGUUCUUGCUCACGGCCAUGGGUCACUUGAAGAAGAAAAACCCACUGACAGAGUCGUUUCUGGUCCAACUGGAUGUCGACUUAACCGGAAGCCUUGACACACCGGUGAAUAACUCCAAAUUUCCCUAUGGCCUCAAGAAAGGACAAGUAUGGUUUCCCAUACCUAUCCCAAGGAGCCCUCUCCCCUUGUGAACAGGGUUUGGCUAAUCUGAAUUGCAACUACAGGCUGAACUCUACGUGGGCCGGAGUUCUGGAUUCUACUGCCCAAACACGGCGGAAGCCCUCCCCGCGGAUAAGCCCCGCAGCAGCACCAGCGCCACAUCCCCAAGCCACCGAUCCCAAUCCCAACCCCUAUCCCAACACUCCCAAUCCUCCUCCCUCCUCGACGACCCCCCCUCAUACCUCCGCCCAGACACCGAUACCCUAGAUAGCGACCUGGCAAGCAUCCACUCCUCAUGCCCCACCAUGCCGCACGAGAUCCGUGCCGUCCUCGAGCGCCGCGCAAAAACCACACCCCCUACCCGCGACCUGCCGAAUUACCUCGGAGGCAUUCUGCCUCCAAUCUGCCCCUGCAUGACAUCCGAGGUCCGCGCUUACGUGGAAGCCUCGGCCAAAGAAGCCGGGGUGCAGCCGGAGUAUGUCACGCACAGCUAUAGCAAUUCCUCGGACAACGGACAGUCGCCGGCUUCCAUUAAUCAUAGUGACCAUUCGCACGCUUCUGGGAGCGGACCCCAUAGUGGAGGAGGCCCAUCGUCAGGCGGGUAUUCACCGUUGCCUUUCGAGGAUAUCGCGGUUGAUAUGGGUGGCGGAGCAGGGGCGGGGGGUGGGGGCGGGUAUCCGUUGGUUAAGGACAUGAACUGGGAAAUGCUGGAUUUGGACCCCGGAUUUGAUGAUGCGGGGAUAGGGAGUAUGCCGCCAGGGAGCUUUGGAGAGUAUUUUGCGGAGAGUACGGCUUGA